AUGGUAUCAGAGCUACGGCUUAAUUCCGGUGGAUUCAACAAUGGCGGACGAAUCCUCAUGAUUCGACCACUUCCAAAUGUUAACCAGGCAUAUGCUAUGGUAGUUAAUGUUGAGAGUCAAAGGAAAAACAAUGCAGCUUUAAGUGAUGGCAUUGGUGAUUCAACAACACUGAUGAGUAAAGCUAACUUAGGAAUUGGAAACAACAGCUUCAAACCUAGAAAUAGUCUUGAGAGACCUACACUACAAUGUGACUACUGUCACUUGAAAGGUUAUACCAAGGACACUUAUUAUAAACUCCAUGGAUACCCUACUGAUUUCAAGGCCAAGAGAAGGGGUUACUCAGGUCCUCAGGUGAACAAUGCAUUUACUGCUAGAGGAUUUCAACCUUUUGACCUUCCUCAACCUACUCCUCAACAAACUUCACAACCUACUCCUCAAUUUUCCCUUGCUCUAAUGUUUACUCAAGAACAAUAUGAUCAGAUCCUACAUAUGCUGAACAAAGGCAAGCGGGUAGAAUCAGUGGCAAAUGCAGCAACUAUGAAUAACACAGGUACUAUAAAAGCCUUCAUGUCUCAUCUAGUUAAUAGUAACUGGAUAGUAGACACAGGGGCCUCCAACCAUAUGGUACAUAAUUCCAAGUUACUAAGUGAAAUCAAAGAUCUGACUAGUAUAGACCAUAACAAGGUUCAUCUUCCUAAUGGUGAGCAGAUUGCUACCAAUCACACUGGAGUUUCUACAAUCUUCAGAACUAAAUCAUUACAGAAUGAUCUCUUGAGUGGGAAGGUAAUGGGGAUUGGUAAAGAAGAAUGUGGACUCUACAUCCUGAAGUUAAAUUUGCCUGAAGACUCAGUGCAGCAGCAGAAUGCAAAGCCCAUUAACAAUCUAGCAUCUUCUAUAAAUACUAUCUCUAGUCUCAAUAAGACAGUCCCUCCUAAGUCUACUAAGAAUUGUAUUGUGUCUUUGUGGCACAAGAGAUUAGGACAUGCACCUAUGAAAGUAACUAGUCUCUUGUUGUUGCAUGGAAUUAUUCAUCAGAGUUUCUGUUCUACACACCUCAGCAGAAUGGGUGAACGUGUUUCUACAGCAGUCUAUCUUUUGAAUAGAUUGCCUACUGUCUUGUUGAAAGGAGCAUCUCCAUUUGAGAAACUCUAUGGCAAGGUCCCAUCUCUCCAACACUUGAGAGUCUUUGGCAGUCUAUGCUAUGCCACUUCUACUAGCAAAACAGAUAAAUUUAGCCCCAGAGCCAUUCCUGCUGUCCAUCUUGGCUAUUCUUCUGUGCAAAAGGGAUACAUUCUAGAUGGUCUUCACUUAAAACUAUUCUUUGUAAGCAAGGCAACUGUCUUUAAGGAGGAUGUCUUUCCUUUUAAGCAUAACAUAUCUGGUUCUUCCCCUUUAUUUCCCAUUUUGAAUCUGUUAGAAGCUGAUUGUUCUUCUCCUCAGUACAUUCCUUCUCCUAGAACUCCUACAGCUGAGUCUCCUUCUUCUGUUUCAAGUCCAUCAGUUGAUUCUACUCAGCUACCUUCUGAUCUUCUUCCACUAUCCAGUCCUUCUCCUAUUGCUGCUCCACCUCAUAUUAGGAAUUCAUCUAGGACCUCUGUUCCUCCUAUAUGGUUAAAAGACUAUGUUGUACCCUCCAAAGGAGCAGUCUGCAAUUAUUCCAUUUUCCAGUAUGUUUGUUAUGACAAGCUGUCUCCUGCCUAUCAGGCUUGUAUUGCUGCAUACUCAGCUGUGUCUGAGCCUACUUCCCAUGCUGAGGCAAGCAUUGAUCCUUAG